AACAUCUAUCAUCGUAAGCUGUCCGCUCCCACGAAACUGUAUAUAUACAAAGACGAACUAGCCUACCUGAAUCAGACAUUCAGCGACAAGUUACUAUUAACCAUGGCUCCUCUUAGUAUUCUUGUUACACUUCUUCUCUGCAGUUUCACAGUAAAUGGUCAGGACAUGUUUUCCCCGUGGUUAUGGAGAGCAUUCCCCACCUGUCCACAUUUAAUGUGUGAGGCCAUUCCAGAAAGCAUCCCAGAAUUCUGUAUUGUACCCGGAAAUCUCAUGUUCCAGGGCUACACGAUCUGUAAAAGUUGUGACUUUGUAAUUCCGGAAUGCUUACCAACAAACGAAAACUUACCAACAGAAUCAGGUGCCGUACCUUCACCAGUGGGAUCACCAGCCUUAAGACCUGGGAUGGCUCCACAACCAGCGGGGGUGCUGCCUUGUUUACACAUUUCUUGUCCCUCCCUUACCUCAGUGAACAGGUCAUGUAUCAAAGAGGGGAACGUCAUCGAAUUUAACGGUGCCCAGUGCAGGGGUUGCGAUAUUGUGGACCCAUUGUGUGAGGGCUUAAAUCUCGACAUCUGUCCCAAUCACAUUGUGGACUGCACAGGUGUUCCUAGUUCAGCACCUAAAAAAUGCAUCGACCAGAGUGUAAUUCAGUAUAAUAAUCGGCCCUGCUUGUCGUGUCCAUUUCUGAAAACCACUGAGCCAGGUUGUAACACGCCGGAAUUAAGGCGUUGCCCCGGAUUACCCUGUGCUGAUACCUCUAAAAUACCAAGUACAUGUUUGAAAGAAGGUCGUAUGGUCGUGUUGGGCUCAUCUCAGUGUCAGCUCUGUCCGGAAAUCGAUCCAUUCUGUCCGGAUCUUAAUCUAGCGGUGUGUCCUCAUCAAUCUUCAGGGUGCGCCAGCCUUCCCGCAGGAAUUCCAAAAGAAUGUAUCGACCAAGAAGUCAUUGUUUAUCAAAAUAACAACUGUCUCACCUGCCCAAAAAUUAAACCAGCCACGGCUUGCAGUCAGUAUAUACCAAGAUCUAGUCCACAGGUCCAGCUUUGUCCGGAAUCCUUCUGUCCACCACUCACUGGGAUUCCACAAAACUGCAUCAAAGAGGGCGAAACCUCCAGCUUUGAAGGAGUUCCUUGUAAAAAAUGUCCAGUCAUCGACCCCUUCUGUCCAGGACUUCAUCUACAAAUUUGCCAAAAUCAUAUUCUAGACUGUUGGGGAGCACCACGAAAUGCUCCUAACCGUUGUAAGUCCCAAUCUGUCAUCUCCUUUGAAAAUCGUGCAUGUUUAACAUGUCCUUACUUCAAAACCGAAGAACCUGGAUGUAUAGAGGAAACCUACAACAUGUGUCCAGGAAUCCAGUGCCCGGAUGUUAAAGGGGUACCCUAUCGCUGUUUACGGCAACGAUCCCAGAAUGUUGGACAAGAAUGCUCAACACAAUGUCCAGAAAGACUUGCAAUCCCCGGAUGUCCACCAGCACCAAGACGACCAAAUCUGUCGCCUGCUACACCAGCUCCACCAGCACAACCAACACCGAGCAGGCCAUUUAACCCACGUCUUUGUCCAGCUCUUAUGUGUCCUGAUAACCCACGUUUAAGAAAUGUCCCUGAAUCUUGUAUCAGGAAUGGAGUUAUUCAAGGCUUGAACGGUCAGCAAUGUCCCGGAUGUCCACAGAUUGACCCUGCAUGUCAACAACAAGAACAGCCGCUUCAGAUUUGUGAAAACCUUCGUCCCUCGUGCACACCGAUUCCUCAAGGGUUACCAUCAAGGUGUUACGAACAAGGAGUUACUACUUAUAAUGGACAAAGAUGCCUUAUGUGUCCCGAUAUUCUGCCUCAAUGUAUGAGAUUCAAUGCUUUGAACUAACUUUCUUUAAUUGUAUAGAUAUUUGAAAUUACCUUAAGAAAUCCAAUAUCUGUGUAUAUUAUAUAUAUUUGUGUUUGUUUCACUUUUGCUUCAUCUAAAUCAUUGCAUAUAUUUUUUUUUUACAUUCUUAUCUUCAUUUUUAUAUUAUUUAUUUAUGCUUGUUUUACAUGCGAUGUGAUUUUAUUUUUUUAUGAUACAAAUUGAAUAAAAACUUAAAACAAUUUUAA